UUACCGGCAGAGAUAGCGGUAGUGAUGGAAGUUUCACUCUCUGGAUUCGGCGUUUAAGGGUUAUUUUUCGGACGAUGGCGAGGUAUGUAAACCUUGUUAUCUGUAGUUAAACAGUGCUGUAAUAUUGCCGUUCAUUUUUAAAUUGACCUCCUGUUGUAAUUUGCUCGGUUGUUGCGGCUGUUAAGCAAAUUGCCAAACAGGUCAACUGAGGACAACGAAAUACCUAUCUCAACCCGGCUUUUAGAGGAUGUCUAUCUCCAUUUACAUAGCAGCAAGGACAGUUAGCAUGGUUACAGAAUACCAAAGACACCCUCCAAGUUUAAUUAUUCAUUAAGAAAGUUAUUUAUGAAGCUAGGCGCUAACUGUAGCUCUUGUGAGAAAUUACUUGCUGUUGGAUACAGAGGGAAGGACACACACUUCUCUGGGACAAUGAGCCUUCAGAUGAACUCCAAAGAUGAGCCAGAAGAAACCAGCAAACCGUCAGGCGGUGCCAGGAUCCUUGCUUUGACUGUUUUGUCUGCUGCCAUCGGAGGCACCUUCCAGUAUGGCUACAACAUCUCAAUCAUCAACGCUCCCACCAGCUACAUCCAGAGCUUCAUCAAUGAUACCUACAUGGAGCGCUGGGGCGUCGGCUUGGAGACCCCUCAGGUGACCCUAGUGUGGACUCUUAUUGUGUCUGCCUUCUCACUAGGCGGUUGGCUGGGAGCCCUGCUGGCGGGACCUCUGGCAGUCCGCUGUGGGAGAAAGAACUCUCUGCUUCUGAACAACUCCUUUUUGUUUGUUGGUGCUGUGCUCGUGCUGACAUGCAGAGUGGCGAAAUCAUUUGAGAUGAUCAUCCUUGCUCGUCUUCUGGUGGGGAUGAACUCAGGUGUCAGUAUGAACAUUCAGCCUAUGUACUUUGGGGAAAGCGCACCCAAACAUCUCCGGGGUGCUGUGGCUUUUUCCUCUGCUGUUUUCACUGCAUUUGGGAUCUUCCUGGGUCAGGUUGUUGGAAUAACUGGAUUGUUGGGUGCAGAGCCUCUUUGGCCCUACUUACUAGCUAGUAACGCUUUGCCAGGCUUGAUCCAGCUCCUUACCCUACCCUGGUUCCCUGAAAGCCCCAGAUACCUUCUCAUCGACAGGGGAGACAGGGAAGCAUGUGUGCGGGCGCUGAGAAAGCUUCGUGGUGGGGAGGCUCCAGUCUUGGAGAUGGAGGAGAUGCUUCAGGAGCAGCAGCAGCAUCAAAACUCUGCAGCCUCUGUCAAGACGCCCUGGUCUCUGUUUAAGGAUCCUGACCUACGAUCCCAGCUCAGAACAGUCAUGGCUGCCAGUAGUGCCAUGAUGCUCUGCGGCAACGACUCCAUCUACUUCUACGCUUCCUAUAUCUUUCUCGAAGCGGGGAUUCCUCCAGAGAAAAUCCAAUAUGUCACCAUAGGUACAGGGGCAUCUGAGCUAACUGCUUCCAUACUGAGCAAUCUGCUGAUUGAACGUGUGGGCCGCAGGUACCUUCUUUUGGGAGGGUACAGUCUUAUGUCAUGCUGGUCUGUAGUCUUCACUGUAGCUCUCACCCUCCAGAGCCGCGGCGUGGCUGGGAUGGCUUACCUCAGCAUGGUAUGCGUGUUUGCCUACAUUCUCAGUUUUGGCUUAGGUCCAGCGGGGGUGACCGGAAUCUUACCAGCUGAGAUCUUCGACCAGGGGGCUCGGCCGGCAGCAUACAUGGUAGCUGGCUCGUGUAUGUGGAUCAGCCUGUUCUUGGUGGGAAUGCUGUUCCCCUUCAUCGUCAAAGGCCUGGGGAACUUCUGCUUCCUGCCAUUCAUGGCUGUGUGUUUGGUGUCUGCUUUGUUUUUGGGGUUCACUCUACCAGAGACUAAGGGGAAGACAGUGGCUGAGAUCACUGCAGAGUUUGAUAGAAAGAAUGGCGUGAAGAGGGAGAAGCCAGACCUGCACGUGCACGAGCCCAUUAGGGAGUACUACCAGCUGGGUAAAGCCUGCUCCUUCACUACCCUAAUGCAAGAUUCUGACCCUGACCAUAAGAACGCAACUGAAAUUUGACAUCCUUCAGUAAAAGCGUAAAUAAAACAGGCAGUGUCUUUGCAGCCUCUUUAUGCACCUUCAGUGACGGAUAAUCAGGUGAAAUAUGAAGUGUCCUAUUUAUGAAAGAUGAUGUCUGUGUAAUGUUUUCGCCGGCGUUGGUCUGUUUGUCUGUCUGUUUGUUUGUCUGCAAAAUAACUCAAAAAGUCAUGAACGGAUUUUGAUGAAAUUUUCAGGAAAGGUGGAUAAUGGGACAAGGAACAGGUGAUAACAUUUUGGUGGUGAUCAGUUGAAGCAAAGUGGAAAAAAUAAUAAAUAAAGUCUAUCGUCUGACAGCCUCAGCAGCAAUUCCAAUUUCUAAUGAGAGGGUGGAAAGCACGUCUUGUUCUACUUGCUAAUUAUUGUAAUUCUAAAGUUGAAAUUAAUGUUCUAUGUUGGAAAAAAAUAAAGUGAAAAAUACAAAAAAACAUAUUAUAUUCUGUACUUCUGCACUCUCUGAGUGCUUUUCUAGUUAUUUAUUUUAAUGCUGGUUUCUUGAGGAAACCCACUGAAGAGUAUUAAAUGCUCACCUCAAGUGUUGUACUUAAAGGAAUACUCUUCCCACCAAAUGUUCAUAUGUACUGUAAUUACUCACCUUAUGUUAUGUUGAAUUUAGGAAGAAAACUUGGAGAACAAAGAAUCCAAAAACUGAAAAAAAUGAUUCAUGAAUUGAAGCCAUGGGGGAUUGUGUUUAAAGUUGUAAUUAAAGUUACUUUUUGGU